UACUGAAAAAAGAAUGGACUUUUGACACGAUACCGGGUACCCAAUGUUUCCCUAGCUAUAAUGCUAACUUGCUAAGUAAAAUACUACCAAAUACCCCCAAAUGGGUGACAAUGGCACAAUUGAAAACAUUGCACAACAAAGCCCAAUUCCUUUCUAAGGCUAAGGCUGGCUAUCUAUUGAACCACAUUCACCAAUCUGAACCGAACCACAAAUUGACCAGGUCCAGUUUUCAAUUUCGGAUCACGUAAAGUUUGGAUAAAGUGACCAAAAAAAAAAGAACGAAAAAAGAAAACUUUUCUGCCCAGAAGAUCUACAGUAGAGUGAGAGUGGAAUGGAGGAAGCUCUUGGAAAAGCUUGCUUAUCUUUAUUACCCACAAAAUUUUCACUUGAAAAUGGCAUCCGAAGCAAAAAAUUAAUCACCAAUUUCAGUUUUCCUGCUACUGUAAAAUCUGGGAUUUGCUGCAAAUUAUCUGGUAAUGAGAAUGAAGAAAAACCCUCAAGUAAUUCCAUCACAAUUCCCAAGAAAAGUAGGAUGGAAGAGUAUAAUAUUGCCAUGAAGAAUAUGAUGAAGAACCCAUAUGAAUAUCAUCAUGAACUUGGAAUGAACUACACUCUGAUACUUGAUAACUUAAUUGUGGGCUCACAGCCUCAAAAGCCAGAAGAUAUUGAGCACCUGAAGUUAAAUGAAAAUGUAGCAUACAUUUUGAACCUGCAACAGGACAAGGACAUUGAAUAUUGGGGGAUUGACUUUGAUUCCAUAUUGAAACAAUGUGAACAGAUUGGGAUUUGUCAUAUGAGAAAGCCUGCCAAAGAUUUUGAUCCAGAUUCACUGAGAACCAUGCUUCCCAGAGCUGUUUCGUCAUUGGAGUGGGCCAUUUCAGAGGGGAAAGGAAGGGUAUAUGUUCAUUGUACUGCUGGACUUGGCAGAGCUCCUGCUGUUGCAAUCACCUAUAUGUUCUGGUUUUGUGGCAUGAAUCUUAAAGAGGCAUAUGAUGGACUUACUUCAAAACGACCUUGUGGACCCAAUAAAAAAGCAAUACGCGGAGCUACUUAUGAUCUUGCUAAAAAUGACCCUUGGAAGGAGCCAUUCGAGAAUCUUCCGGAGCAUGCUUUUGAGGAUAUAUCAGAUUGGGAGAGGAAGCUUAUUCAGGAACGUGUGCGUGCCCUUCGUGGAACAUGAACCAGACACACGGAAUAACAAAAGCACGUAGCUGCAAGAGCGUGCUGGAAAGUCGAGAAUGAUUCUGUACAUUCAUCAUCAUAAGACUGCUCAUUGAAAAAGUAAAGUAAUACCGUGGAAUCAUCAUAAAAUACUUGCCUGAACAGGUAGCUGAGGAAAUGGUAUGGUGGUCCUCUAUAGCCAUUACACAACACUUUUACAGUGCAGUGGAGCUCCACCAAUUUGAAGACAUAUGGAAGUGGAACUGUGUAACAUACCUCUGUAUCCUGUUAUUCAUAGUUUACCAUAUAAUGAUGAAAAGGUGUAAUAAAAAUGGGCAAGAGAAUGAUUGAGAUCAUCCCUAUUCUGUGUCUAUAAUGUGAUAUGUAAUCUCUUGCGGUGAUGAAUGACCGAAUGUAACUAUUUAUAAUGAUACUGAAAGGAUGAAGAGUUGUGAUGAUAUAUCAUACUCCGUA